AUGGAAAAGGCACUUCUACAAGUACGCCUACAUGACCACGACCGAGACGCCACACGGUUCUUGUGGUUGAAAGACCUAGAUUCGCCGGUCACAGAAAACAAUAUAAUCACAUUCCGCUUUACCAGAGUAACGUUCGGGCUUAACGUGUCGUCAUUUCUACUCGCAGGCACAGUACAGUACCACCUGCAGAACACAGUAGAAGACAAGAAAGUAGCCCAAAAAAUUCGAGACAAUUUAUACGUCAACUUGAUACUCGGCGCAGAUGAUCUAGAGGAAUUGGGACAAAAAGCCUUGACGGCACGGCAAAUUUUCACGGACAUGAAUACGAACUUACGCGAGUUCCUGGCCAACACGGACUCGCUACAUGAAUUCCUUCCACAACAAGCGAUCGCCAAAUCAACAUUGCAGAAAGUACUCGGCAUCGCGUGGGACGCGUCAAGAGACCGUCUCGGGAUGAGAACUUCAUUUCCGUAUGUCGAAGUCGUUACCAAAAGACUAGUCGCACGGCAAAUUGCGUCCAUAUACGACCCAUUGGGAUGGCUAGUUCCCUUACUUACGCCGACGAAACAUUUUCAGCAACAGUUGUGGAAAGAAAAAUUUGCGUGGGACACUCAGUUACCAGAGCCAUUCUCGAAACAAUGGAAAAGCAUAGCCAGUAACGCAGAUGGUUUCGAAGCGAUAUUCCCACGCAGGUUCUCGACAGACAGUGAACAGAUCAAACUAGCGAUCUUUGCCGACGCUAGCGAUACAGCAAUGGCCACAUGUGCCUAUCUCUUUGAUAACACUUCGUUAGUGAUGGCUCGAUGUAAGCUACCUUCCAUCCGGACACGGCCAACUAUUCCGAAGCUAGAAAUAAACACAAUCACGAUGGCAACACGCCUCGCACGGGCAGUUUGGCUAGCACUCUCGCCAACGACAUCUAAUACAGGAGUGCUGUUACGCAACCGAAUAAAGGAGAUCCGAGAAAUUGUGACCGCGCUCAACGACGAGGAAGCAGCGGUUCGUUUCGGCUACGUCAGUACUCACGACAACCCAGCAGGUGCCCGAACAAGAGGACUCACACGAGAGCAACUAAAGGACCACAAAUUAUGGUGGAAAGGUCCAAAAUUCCUCGGCCAGUCCGAGACAAAAUGGAAUAUAAAGUUUUAUCCAUACGAUAAGCAGACGACAACAGAUUUGACAGUAGAUCAGGCAAGCCCGACUGUGGCUCACACGCUACCACCAGGAGCUGUACCUGUCGAGAGACUACAAGAAAUCCAUGGACAACUCGUUACGCCUCUUCAAGGACGAAGAUGGCAUAUGGCGCUCGACGCCCACGGAAGAUAUCACCAUGGGAUCGAACAUACCAUUGCUACAGUCCGGCAAACAUACUGGAUACCAAAGAUACGCCAACAGACUAGGAAGCUAGUGCAGCAACGUGUGAAAAGCCGACGCUUCAAUGCUCUCCCGUAUCCGGAGAGCACAGACUUGCCAGGACGACGUGUGUUACGAAGCAGAGUUUUCCAACAAAUCGGCCUGGAUUGUUUCGACUUACCACACACAUCAGAUGCUACAGAAGACCAACGUUACUAUGGAUGUAUAUUUACCUGCACAGUCACGCGGUUGAUACAUCUGGAAAUGCUAGAAAGCAUGAGCAUAGUGGAGUUCAUCAAUGCGUUACGCCGCUUCGUAUCAAGGCGUGGAUUACCCACGUCAAUCACAUGCGACAACGCACCCACGUUUCUAUUGACGUCGUCCAUUCUGAAAAGCAGAACAAAAGAACCACAAUUGAACGACGAGGUAGAGCAGAUCCUAGCGGAAAAAGAGAUUCGAUGGAAUACCGACCGAGAUCGAGAUCAAUCCGCAACGCAAGAGGACCUAACGUCGAUAAGACCAGUGGACUUCCUUCCACGUGACAUUAGCAUCACGUUCCCACUCGAAGGACUCGUCGAACCCAAUGACGUCGACGCAGAUUACUUGCCACCGGAUGAACUGCGCUCACUCCAGACACGGCAAGAUGUGAAUACAGCGCUGAAGUCUUCCAGCGAAGCCACAGCGAAAAUUUGGAAGAUCUGGCAAGAUCAAUACCUCACAAGCGUACGAGAAAAGCAUAAGACAUGGCUAACAAAUCACAGACACGGGCAGCAAAGCCCAAAGAUCGGAGACGUAGUACUCGUGUGCUAUCCGAUCUUAUCUAGAAACGAGUGGAGAAUGGCUCGAAUAACGGGCACUCAGGGAAGUUCAAAUGGAGCCAUACGAGAAGUGGAACUCAUCACAUCCACGCACCGGAAGAUUCGACGCCUGGUGAAUCUAAUAACGCCGCUCGAAAUCGGCGCUCAUGACACGGACUCUUAG